CUCACUCGGGGUUGAAAUUAUAUCCGGAAGACAACCAGAUGGGGGAAAACGAACGUUUAACUAUGUUCCUUGGUAAAGCGGGAUUAGAAAACUUGUGAAGAUGGUACAGUAAGAAAUAUCGACCCCGGUCUGUCAUCUCGUUCAAAGACUAUUUAUGCAAAAAGGUUAAAUGCGGAAACAGCGCAAGAAAUAGUAAAAGUCCCGAGUGGCAGGAGCAACAGCUCUUCUCUUCUGUAUCGUUCAUUACAUCGGAGAAAAGGUGACAAGAAUAGGCAAUUCUGGCCUGAAACGUGGAUUCAGCAGGUCUAUGAAAGGGUGAAUCAUGAGAUUAACAGGGCCACUGAGAGCUGUGGCCGUGCUGCUGUUGGUGGGUCUCACAUGGCUGCUGGCAAACUCUUUAUUUGGAGGCGAGAGUGGUUCAUCUGUGAGGUAUUUCUUCAGUGGUGCAAGCGAGGAGCCAACACCUGGUGAACCUCGUCCCCGAAGGUAUAAAUGUGGCCUCACAGCUCCCUGCCCCCCGAAACAUUUGGCUUUCCGCCUGGUGUCUGGUGCUGCCAACGUCAUUGGGCCCAAAAUAUGCCUGGAGGACAAGAUGUUAGUGAGCAGUGUGAAGAACAACGUAGGCCGAGGACUAAACAUUGCUUUGGUCAAUGGGGUGACAGGAGAUCUUUUAGCCUCAAAAACCUUCGAUAUGUGGGCAGGAGAUGUUUCUGACCUGCUGAAGUUUCUUCGGCCGCUCCAUGAAGGAACUCUCGUGUUCGUGGCCUCCUUUGAUGAUGCAGCUACAAAGAUGAACGACGAGGCUCGGCGACUGUUUGAGGAGCUCGGAAGCACAGCAGUGAAGGAGCUUGCCUUCAGAGACAGCUGGGUGUUUGUUGGCGCAAAGGGAAUCGAAAAUAAGAGUCCCUUUGAGCAGCGCAUGAAGAAUAGCAAGAGCAGCAACAAAUACGAAGGCUGGCCUGAGUCUCUGGAGAUGGAUGGCUGUAUUCCCCUCCGUCCACCCCUGGAAGGAUGAUCCUGCCUGGUACUCUCUCACAUUAACAGCACAGGAAAAGCUGGAGUGGCAGCAGUGGAUCCAAAUGACUUAGAAAGCCAUGAAACUGCCAAAGGACUGGAACCAUCUCAUAUUUUGGCUAUGAACAACAUUGCAUUCUCCCUCUUGUUGCAGAGGUAUGAGCUGACGGCAAAGAUUGUCUACAUUGGUAAUACUUCUGCAAUUGCUGGAACCUGUUCUCGAGAAUUUGGGUUUUGAGUUUUGUGGGACACUUUUGAGCUUAAAGGAGGAAAAUGUCUGUGUGAGAUUACAGGAAAGUUGAGAAGCCAAAUGUUGGAUAACCAAAGUGUAAAUGUGACUUAUGAAUGAAAGCAGCUGGAGGAGGUCUUCCAAAGCCAAUGUUGGAAAUGGAUAUGUUUCCUUUAUGCAAGCCUGCUUGUAGGGUGUCAAUAUUCUUAAGCAACAGGAAUAUGAAGUGAUGAAUACUUGCACAUUUCAGCAAACAAAAGACAGUCCUAACUGGCUUCACACUAGGGCUUUGGAAAACCUAAUCCACACCAGCAUAGGAAAAAUGUUUUAGGUAGUUUAAAUUUCCUACUAAGUAACAGGUGUAGGUAAGAUUUUAUAUUUAAAUCCGUUAAUAUACUAUCAUCUUAUGAUAUGUAUGUUGUUGUUAUACCUAGUGCUUGCUGCAAUUGUUUCCUUAGAACUUGAUGCAUUGCAACUAUUGCUUGCCACAUGUUUACAGACUCUGACUUCUAUAGAUGAUGUUGGCCUUGGUCACAUUUCUUAUAAAAAUGAAAAAAAUAUAUAUAUUUAUUUUAUUACUUAAAUAGAAAACACAACAGAUUCAAUGUGUGGGUUCUUGAAAACACUGCCAUUCGUUUUAAUGUUGUCUCAAACUAGUAAGCAUCUGUCACUGAGUUAUUUGUUUAAAGAUUCACUCUAAAUGGUAUGUUUGUGUAUACUAUUUUUAAAAUGUUGAGUGUUGUUGCUUGGUAUAUUUCAAACAUGACAUGUAGGAAAUGUAUAGUAAUAAAUAUAGAUCAGAAUAAUGUUCACGUCUAGGUGGGACAAAUUUCUUGAAAGCAUGUAUGUCUUUAUAUUGUUGCAACAAUGUUGAUAAAUAAAAAUGCCUGAA